GUCUUUCCUCUGGAGCCACCGGAACCAGAACCAGAACCAGACCCAGAUCCUGAUCCUGACUCGGACCCUGACCCUGACCCAGUAACUGACCGGACCUGCCUGCCCACCUGUACCUGAGAGUCGGUCUACACACGCCUUCACAUCAAUGGCCUGUUUCCGUGGCAACUGGGAGGAAUUUUAUGGAGAAGUCCUCCUAUUGGACGAGAGGAAGAUCACACUAACGGCCGAGCAGGGCAUCAAGAAAUCAUCGAAGGUUGCGGCCAUCUUGCAACAGGUGUUUUCUCACCUGAACGUGGUUGAAGUCGAGUUCUUCGGGUUGAGAUUCUGCGACAACAAACAGCAGACGCACUGGUUGGAUCCAUCAAAAACUCUUUCACAACAUCGAGACCUCGUCGGGCCUCCGUACAUUUUCUACUUUGGUGUCAAGUUUUACGUCGAAGAUCCGUCAAAGCUGAAGGAGGAAACUACGCGGUAUCAGUUCUACCUGCAGGUUCGUCAGGACGUCCAUCAAGGUCGCCUGCGAUGCCCCCCCCACCUCAGACCUCGACUCUCCGCUCUGAUGCUGCACGUGGAGCGAGGUGACCAAAGAGAGGCGGAGCCGUUGAACUCAGAGGAGAACCAGGAAGAACAACACAUCAUCUACCAAACACUCAGCGGUGUCUCUCGUCCUCAGGCUCAGUGUCUCUUCCUGUCUCUCUGCAGCUCUCUGCAGAUGUUCGGAGUCCAGCUGUUCGCCGCCUACGGUGAGAACCACACGGAGUUCUUCCUGGGUCCGACUCCGGUGGGCGUGGUCGUCUACAAGAACAAAGUGCUGGUGGGGAAAUAUUUCUGGCAGAGAAUCACCAAACUUCACUUUAGAGACGAAACCUUCGAGCUCCGAGUCGUUGGAAGAAACGGAUCAGAGACGUCGUUCUACUUCCAGACGCUGCAUCGGUCCGACUGUAAACGUCUGUGGAGAUGUUGUGUUGAACAUCACGCCUUCUUCAGGAUGUCGGAGUCGAAUCCCCUGACGUGUAAACUGAAAUUCAACAGUGUUGCUCGUUCGCCCUCUCUGGCUCUUCCUCGGCUCAACGUCGGCCUCCUGAGAAACAAAACGAUUAACAACCGAACGACAGAUCAGAGACCAAAACAUCACGCCAAUCAGACGGCGAGCGUCACCGGUGAGCCGAUGGCGACGCAGGCGGCGCCGCCUGCUGUUCAGAGGUCAGCGGGCGCGGCGGAGCAGGAUGACCUGAAGCCCAGUGCACCAUGGGAAAACAGCGGCCCUCUGAGCGGCCUUUUCAACCCAAAGUUUCCUCCAAGCACCAAAGAAGAAGAAGAAGACGUUGGAGGUGGAGGUGGAAGACCACAGAGACGGAGCAGAAGUCUGGAUGGAGAUCAAUCAAUCAGACAGCGCGGCAGGAGAUCUCGUUCCCGUGGCAACACAAGCAGCGGCAGCGAAUCACAGAAGACGGCGAGUAACAGCGAGCAACGCAGACGAAGAAAAAAGAGCCGCGAUCGCCAUGGAAACCGGAGACCUGAUUCCAGAUCACGGAGUCCUGACGCCCUGACAUGGAAACACAUCCAGAAGCAGCUGAUGGAGCCCGAUGGUUUGACUGACAGACAAAUGGAGGAAAUACCUUAUAAGGAAGUGAGGGUGUCGGGGGAGCCAAUCAGAACGCGUCGUUCUCCGAGGGGGCGGCGGCAUCGCCGGUGGGCGUCGGCUUCAGACCUCCAGUCAAAGAUGGACCAGCUGGUUCCUCCUCUUCCUGUUACCAAGGCAACCAACACUUCCGUUCGAUUACCCACAAGUCCCUGAGGCAGCCGUCGACUCAUUCUUUACCCACAUUGCAUUAUAUAUAUAUAUACAGUGUAUAUACAUAUACAUGUAUAUGUAUAUACAUGUAUAUAUAUAUAUAUAUAUUAUGAUUGUGAAUUAAUCAUUUUAAAUAUGUUGACGCGUCCAAAAUGAAUAUUUUUGUUUAUCUCUGUGGAAGAUAUCUGAUGAUCGAGUGGCUCAAUGUUAUUCAUGUUAUCAUUAGUACCUUUAAGUACAGUACUUGAGUAAAUGUACUUAGUUACUUUUCACCUCUGAUAUAAAGGAGAGUAAACCUUGAUUAGAA